GAAGGCGGUGUCGCCAUGGCAGCGCGGAAGCGGAAGGCGCGGGCGAUGGCGGCGGGCGGCGCGGCGCUGUGGCGGCGGCUCUCGGCCUGGCUGCCGCGGGGCCGCCUCGGCCUGGCCGCGCUGCUCGGCCGCCUCUCCGACCGCCUCUCCCGCGGUCGCGACCGCCGCGCCCGCAGAUCAUCAUGGCUCCUUCUAGCCCCAUUACUCACCCCUCCUGUUCCAGUGGUCACAGCCCCACCGUGUUCCCUCUGCCCAGAAGGAGCACACAGGUUCCAGUGGAUCGGGAAUCUAGUCCCAGAGUUUGGGAUCUCCAGCUCUCGUGUCAAGGUGCUCUCAUCCCCGGCGGAAUUCUAUGAACUCCUGAAGGUGCAGAUAAAAGCAGCCAGGCAGCGGGUGGUGAUGGCCUCACUGUACCUGGGAACAGGACUCCUUGAGCAGGAGCUGGUGUAUUGCUUAGAAGAAACACUGGAGAAAUCACUGCAAGCAAAAGACUCACCUGACCUCAGAGUUUCCAUUCUCCUCGACUACACCAGGGGUUCCCGGGGCAGGAAGAAUUCUCGAACAAUGCUGAUCCCGUUGCUGCAGCGAUUUCCCGAGCAGGUCCGUGUGUCCCUCUUCCACACCCCAAACUUGCGUGGACUGCUCCGGCUCCUGAUUCCAGAGCGUUUCAACGAGACCAUCGGGCUGCAGCACAUCAAGGUCUAUCUCUUCGAUGACAACGUGAUCCUGAGCGGUGCAAACCUGAGUGAUCUGUACUUCACCAAUCGUCAGGACCGCUACGUCUUGCUGCGGGACUCUCCUGAGAUUGCAGACUUCUUCACGGAGCUUGUGGAUGCCAUUGGAGAUGUGUCCCUGCAGUUACAGCAAGAUGAUACAGUCCAGAUGAUGGAGGGAAUGGUACACCCAUACCAAGGAGACAAAGUGGCUUACUGUGAGAUUGCCAACCGGAGGGUCAUGGAGGUCAUCAACUCUGCCCGCACACGGCAGGAGCUCCUUCAUGCAAAGACUUUCCACAGCAGCCAGCCAGGCAGCUCCCUCUUAUCCCAGCAAGGCUCUCAAACAGCUGGGGGUCUGAAACCAGAACCUGACACCUGGAUCUAUCCCUUAAUCCAAAUGAAACCUUUUGGGAUUCAAAUAGACGAGAUGGUCACAGAGACACUGCUGACAGAGGCUGAGCGGGAUGCCAGGAUAUACCUCACCACUGGCUACUUCAACUUGACACAGGCCUACAUGGACCUCAUCCUGGGCACAAGGGCUGAGUACCGGAUCCUCCUGGCCUCGCCAGAGGUCAAUGGGUUUUUUGGUGCCAAAGGGGUGGCAGGUGCCAUCCCUGCUGCCUACGUUUACAUUGAGCAUCAAUUUUACAGUGAGGUCUGCUGCCUGCAGCAGCAGGAGAGGGUGCAACUGCAGGAGUACUCCCGUGCUGGCUGGACGUUCCAUGCCAAAGGCCUCUGGCUGUACUUGGCAGGGAGUGACCUGCCCUGCCUGACCCUGAUUGGCUCUCCAAAUUUUGGAUAUCGAUCAGUUCAUCGGGACUUGGAAGCUCAGGUUGCAAUAGUGACAGAAAAUAAAGCCUUGCAGCAGCAGCUGCAUCAGGAGCAAGAGCAGCUUUACCUCUGCUCAGGUGUGGUCUCAACAUCAACAUUUGAGCAGCCAAGUCGUUAUGUGAAACUGUGGGUGAAGCUGGUGACACCUUUGAUCAAGAAUUUCUUUUGAAAGGAGAAAAGUUGCUGCUUUGGGUUGAAGGUCCAGACGUAGGUGGGCCCUCGCGUCCGUGUCUUGUAGACGGGGCAUUCGUAGACGUUGAUGGUGUCCAUGCGGUCCACGGGGAUGGCUCUGAGCAGGAUCACCGGCAUCUCGGGCGUCAGCUCCUUCAUGCGAGCAUCGGCGAUGGAGCCCGAGGGCACGUCCCAGCGCGCGCCUGCGGGGACAGCGGGGACUGUCAGGGACUGACGCUGCCCCGCUGCUCCCCCUGGCCGCUCCCAGGGCCGCUCCCCGGGGCCCUCCCUCACAGCUACGCAUGGCUGGCAGCUCCAAGAUUAAGGGUGGGUGGAGUGGCUCCAUGGGCGUUAGGUCUGACAUGUUCUCAUCUCACUGUGACCCACGACUGCAUUUGCCUUACUGUGUGUGGGAUGUCUGAAUAAACUGUGUCCCCACCCCUCCCUUCA